AGUACCUCUUCUACCACACUGAGAGGAAUACACAAGCAAAGCAAAAACGGAAGCAGCAUCAUGUGGUAUUUGGUAUCUAUGCUUGCGGUAGUGGCCUUGUGUGACAAGACCUGGGCCUAUUCUGCACAAGACCAAGUAGAUGAAUUAAGUGUGCGAAGGAUCACAAACAGCGCAGGAGAGGGCGUGUCCCCUUGCAUCACGCUCCCCGACGGCGGCGCCCCAGACCUCGCCCUCGAAUACGAAUCCGCGUUCCUCAAGGACGGCUUCGAGGUCGUCAACAUGAGCGUCCUCCACCUCGAGCCGGACCAGACGGGGACCUGGAGUCUCUACUGCUUGGCGCCGGUGGCCUUGGGUGACUUGUAUUUCGAGGGGGACGUGGUGCUGCUGGUGCUGGCCAGGUCGGAGGACAAUGUCGUGGUUGCCGCGGCCCAGGAAGAGCUGUCCCUUAAGAACGUCACCGCAGCCGUGCAACAGGAGGGCCCCGAGACGCUGAGUGUAAGAUGGAACCAAGAACCUGGACGAAACUACCUCGUUCAGAUCUGGGCGGUUCCUUCCCCAGCCCGCGGACACGCCCCUCUCGCCACCACCAGCAUCGGCGAAUCUCGAACCGAAACGUCAGUAGUGGUUGACGUUUCUGGAAAUGUUCGAUGCAAGAAUGGUAGUUGUUCUUAUUACUUCCUCGGGCUGGAGAAGUACGGGGAAUAUGCGGCGGAAGUCCUGGAUGUGACGGAUCCUAUAAUUCAAACUUCCAGAAGCAGAAGGCAGUCUGUGGAACGGCACUGGACUGGUCUGGCUAUUGAGAGUGUCGUCAUUGAAACGACCUCACCCAGCUCCGAACGCCCCUUAAAGACCCUGACGACCACGGCAACGGCUGACGAAGGGCUGGGCGUGGAGGAAGAAGGGUUCAGGGGAGUCCUUAUUAACGCUCUCGAUCCCAGUGACGUCCUUGAGAGUGGCGAAGGAGACUGUCUUCCCUUCACCAACGGUUGUAAAAUAAAGAACGUUCAGUCGCUUACAUAUCCUAAUGGUGAAGGUCAAGUCAAAGACCUACAGCUUCUCUUGACCCAACGUGACCCAGGCAUUUCUUCGCUGGUUCCCGUCACAGACCUGCACAUCCGAGUAAGCAACGUGGGCCCUGGGAGUGUACAAGUAUCGUGGGACAAAACAGCUGUUCCAUUGCAGUUUUUAGUGGAAGUGUUGCCAGAUAAAGGAGGCCCGGCGAUUGCUCAGGACGUCACGUGUGGCUUGGAAGCUCCAGACUGCCAUGCUGUGUUCGAUCAGCUGUUCAACGGCGACUACACGGCGCGGGUGAGCUACGAAGGGGCGCUGCAGACGACGCUCACCGUUCCGUUCCAAGUGAAAGACGGCGCAGACUGCCAGUUGCCGUUCGAAGUGCUGGCCGGCCGGUGCGUCCUCGUGGAUGCUGUGAUCUCCGGAACCUGGGAUGAGAUGAAGCUGUUCUGCCACCAGCUGGGAGGUCAGCUGGCCAAGGUGGACCAGCUGGAGUUCAUGUAUCACCUCGUCAAGUAUAUUCGUGAUAAUGGAAUUGACGACAACAACUACUGGAUAGGCGGCUCGGAAACAGCCACGGAGGGAGAAUUCCUCUGGCUCGACGGAGAGAAGGUUAGGCAAGGGACGCCAUAUUGGAGCUACGAGAGCGGGGCCCAACGACCGGUGUCCGAUUCCUCUCUUAGAUGCAUCGCCAUGGGUCAGUCGGUGUUUUACUAUUUCAUCGACAGCUUGUGCAACGAAUCGUACGCGGCUGUGUGUGAGAAGCUGGCUUAGGAAUGUUUGUUUUUUUACGUUGUUUUGUCGACAGAUCGGGUGGCGAUUCGAACGCGGUUGUGUGAGAAGGUGGUUUAGGAAUAUUUUUACAUUGUUUUUUUCGAGAGUUCGGGUUGCGAUUCGAACGCGGUUGUGUGAGAACGUGGUUUAGGAAUAUUUUUACAUUGUUUUGUCGAGAGUUCGGGUAGCGAUCCGAACGCGGUUGUGUGUGAGAAGGUGGUUUGGGAAUAUUUUUUUUUUCGUUGACAGCUCGGACAGCGAUUCGAACGCGGUGGUUUAAAAAUGUUUAGAUUUCUUUUUUUCUGUUUUAUUGAUUUGGAAGCAGAAUUGUGUUUCUGAUAUUUCUUAUUUUUUUUAAUAAAGAUAUUUCUGAUGCUA